GACUUUAUGGAAAGGCCAUUUUCCUUGGAUUUUAAAGGCGACGGAUCACAGAUUCGGUCUUAGGGUACUCUCCACCAAUGAUGAAGUCUACUAAUCGCCGAUUUUGGCAGAAAUUUGUCAAAUUUUUUCGGAGGGCAUUUUCGUAAUUUAUAGGCAAUUUUUUUGAAAGGCGUUUUCCUUAGAUUUUGAUGGCUGCAAAUCACAUAUAUUCAGCAUGACACUGUCCUUUAGAGAUGAAUAAGUCUAUUAAACACCGAUUCAGCGAAAAUUUUCCAUUUUCAUAUAAAAAAAAACAACCAGAUAAUUAAUUUAGACUUUCUUCGAAAAAUUAGUCUCAAACCGACCAAUCCAACUCGCUCGAACAACCAAACAACGCAUAUGUAGUAUGCAAUUCCUUUAAGCUCUCCCUUUCCCUCAAAAGUGAAUCACUCUAAGGUAAUAGCCUUAAGAAAUAGGCAAUAUUCAUCUGUGUAGUCAAAACUUUGACGUUUGUGACAAUAAUAGCCACUUUUUGGGAAAUACCAAUAAUAGCCAGAAUUUUGAAUGUUUAAUGACAAAUCUAGCCAUUUUCGUUACAUAAUUUGACGGCGUCAGUAACACCGUUAGUCAAAUUAACGGAAUGCUGACCUGGUUGCCAACUCACCCUCUCUUUCCUUUCCACCUCAAUCUUCGAUAACAGGUGGAUUGCCACGUCAUAUUUAAAAUUUAUUUUUUUAAUUAUUAUUUAAAAUUUAUUUUUUAAUUAUUAUUUAAAAAAUUUAUUCUCAUUUUUUUUUCCCUGACUUCAUCUUCUCUGAUUGAAUUUCUCCCCCUUUUCCUUCUUUAUUGAACUUCUCCCCACGACACUCACCGGAAUCUACGAUAAUCGCCGAUUCCACAUCACCCAAUUGCAUAAAUUUCUGAGGAUGGCAGAUGGAAAAGUUUUUUGGUUGAAAUUCUUCCAGCCCCAAAUUUCCAAAUCCCUAGAUAAACCUUAUGGGUGGUGUAGGAAAUGUAUAUGAAUGUAUAUGAAUAGCUUUGAAAGCUAUAGAGUCUCUAGUGGAAAAACUACCACAUUGGUAGUUUUACUUGGUGAAAUGUGUAUAAAGAUAGGAGCCUCUCUCCCAAGGGCAUGCCCCUUGGGGUGACCCACUUUUGUGGGAGAGGGAGGACCUAAUGGACCACCACACACGCGCGCCGUCCGUCCGGCCGGUUGGUUGGUUGGUUGGUUGGUUGGUUCACUUGAGACUAUAUAUAUAUUUUUGGAGAAAUUCCGAACGAAAUUAAUUAUUUAAUAAUUAAUUAUUAAUCUGUUAUUCUGAGGUAUAUUCCUAAGGAUAAUCGAUUACAACGGAAUAUUCGAAGGAUAAUCCCUCCGGGUUUAUCUUAUAUCUUAACCGACGGUUUUAAUUAAGGAAGUAAUUAUCUUCCUUAAUUAAUCCGACUUAUUCCCCAAGCAAGAGGGUAUAUUCCUAGGGGUUCGGCUCCUAUAAAUAGCCGCCUCCCCAGCCCCUCUAAACACAUCACAACGAGCAGAAACACAAUAGAGAGAGUGUUUAGAGAGCUUCGGUUUUCGCACAAAACCGCGAGUAUUGAGAGGAGCUGUUUUAUCCUUGAGACGACCGGUUGAUAGUCUGCCGUGCGCAUCGAAGGCAGUGCCGCGAACGUCUUAAAGAAAGCGACCUAGUCCGCGACUCAGCUCCAGAUUCGGUAACCUCAUUCCUUUUGUUGUUCCGUUCCUAACAAUUUUAAGACGUUCGGCUGCUGCUAUGUCGACUGAACAGAACAACAUGGCCGGAUCUGGUGCUGUCGAUAUCAAUCGACCCUUUCGCUUCGUUGGGGUCAACUUCCGUCGCUGGAGGCAAAAGAUGGAGUUCUACCUGACAAGCAAGAAGCUGGCCCUCUGCCUCACCAGCAUGCCUGUCGAGCUGCCGGAAGAAGCGACCGAUGAGGAGAGGGCUGCUUCUGCCAGGGAAAGGGAGCAUGACUUCCUGUGCAAGAAUUACAUCCUCAACGGCCUGGCAGACGAUCUGUACGACUACUAUGCGGACAGUAAGAACACCGCGAUGAUGAUCUGGGAUGCGCUUCAAAAGAAGUACGACACGGAGGAGGCUGGAGCUAAGAAGUAUGCUGUCAGCCGCUACCUGCGCUACCAGAUGGUGGAUGACAAGUCCGUCGAAGUUCAGUCCCACGAACUUCAGAAAAUAGCUCAUGAGAUCGUCUCUGAAGGUAUGCCUCUGGACGAUCAAUUUCAAGUUGCUUGCCUUAUUGAUAAGCUGCCCCCUUCGUGGAAAGAUUUUAAGAAUAUGCUUAGGCACAAAACCAAAGAAUUUUCACUGGAAAGCUUGAUUACUCGCCUAAGGAUUGAGGAAGAGUCCCGCAAGCAGGAUAUGAAAGAAGAGGUGAUGGUCGUCACUGCUAAACGACCCACUCCUAGAGCUCUUAAACCUAACCAGAAAGGGUUUAAGAGUAAGAACCAGCAGGUCCGCCCCCACCAGAAUGGUGCCUCUCGAGGUAACCAAAGGGUCAUGGCCCAAACCUCUAAGAAUGACCCACCGUUUAUCUGCUAUAACUGUGGAAAACCGGGUCAUAUGGCAAAGAAGUGCCGGAACAAGCAAAACCCUGCCGCUGCGGCCAGGGUUAACUUGACAGAAGAGGAUUUGAUAGCCAUGAUCACAGAUAUGAUCGCUGAAGUUAACCUCACCGGUGACUCAGAAGGAUGGUGGCUGGAUACAGGUGCAUCGAAGCAUGUAUGCAACAAUCGUGCUAUGUUCAAAACAUACACAGAAGCACCUGCUGACAAGAAAGUAUUGUUGGGGACUACCCACACUACUAUGGUUGCUGGUUCUGGUGAAGUGGAGCUGAACUUCACCUCUGGGAAGAAAAUGGUGCUCAAGGAUGUGUUGCACACUCCAGAGAUAAGGAAGAAUCUUGUUUCGGGAUAUCUUCUUAAUAAGGCUGGGUUUAAUCAAACUAUUGGGGCAGACUUGUAUACCCUUACUAAGAAUGGGAGUUUUGUGGGAAAAGGAUAUGCAUGUAAUGGGAUGUUCAAGUUGAAUGUCGAAAUUAAUAAGAUGAAUUCUUCAGUUUACAUGGUGUGUGAUUUGAAUGUUUGGCAUGCUCGUCUUUGUCAUGUGAACACACGAAUUGUGAAGAAUUUAAGCAAGCUAGGGCAUAUCCCUAAACUCUCAAUGAAUGAAUUUGAUAAAUGUGAUUUCUGUAGCCAAGCUAAAAUAACGAAAACGCCCCAUAAAUCUGUGAGUAGAGAAUCAGAACCCUUAGAUCUUAUUCAUUCUGAUAUUUGUGAACUAGAUGGGACGUUAACUAGGUCUGGCAAGAGAUACUUUAUCACUUUCAUAGAUGAUUGCUCUGAUUAUUGCUUUGUUUAUUUGAUGAAAAACAAAAGUGAAGCCCUUGAUAUGUUCAAGGUAUUUGUGGUUGAAUUUGAAAAUCAGUGCAAUCGAAAGAUAAAAAGACUUAAGAGUGAUAGAGGAUCAGAGUAUGACUCUAAUCCCUUCAAGGAAUUCUAUAGCUCACAUGGUAUCAUUCAUGAAACCACGGCACCAUAUUCACCAGAAAUGAAUGGUAAAGCUGAGCGGAAAAAUAGGACGUUUACAGAAUUAGUCGUGGCUAUUAUGCUCAAUUCUGGAGCUGCUUCUUCUUGGUGGGGUGAUAUUUUGUUGACAGUUUGCUAUGUGCUAAACCGUCUUCCAAAAACAAAUAGAAAAGAAUCACCCUAUGAGAUCUUGAAGAAUAAGCCACCUAAUCUGUCCUAUUUAAGAACGUGGGGCUGUUUGGCCUACGUAAGAAUUCCGGAUCCUAAGAGGAUUAAAUUGGCUAGUCGAGCAUAUGAAUGUGUCUUCGUUGGCUAUGCGGCCAAUAGUAAGGCAUAUAGAUUCUAUGAUUUGAAUGCUCGUACUAUAAUAGAAUCCAUUGAUGCUGAUUUCUUUGAGACACGAUUUCCAUUUAAAACAAGAAAUAGUGGGGGUAAUGUACUACCUACUAUUAGAGAUAACGGAACUAGUGGGGGUGUUGGUUCUGAGGAUGAACUCAGAAGAAGUAAAAGAGCUAGAAUCUCUAAAGAUUUUGGUGAUGACUUUACUACAGUAUUCACCCUCGAAGAUCCAAAAAGUUUGCAGGAAGCAUUAACUUCCGUAGAUGCAGAUUUUUGGAAUGAGGCCGUUAUAGAUGAAAUGGAAUCGUUAGAAGCUAAUAAGACUUGGCAUCUAACAGACUUACCUCCUGGCUGCAAAGUCUUAGGUAAUAAAUGGGUUCUAAAAACGAAACGGAAACCUGAUGGUGCAAUCGAAAGGUUCCGAGCUCGCCUAGUAGUUAAGGGCUACAGGCAGAGAGAGAAUAUAGAUUUCUUCGAUACCUAUUCACCAGUAUCUAGAAUAACAUCCAUUCGUGUAAUGAUUGCUCUUGCUGCCUUGAACAAUCUCGUGGUACACCAAAUGGAUGUUAAGACCGCCUUUUUGAACGGUGAUCUAGAUGAAGAAAUCUAUAUGGAACAACCAGAAGGGUUUGUUAUCCCCGAACAUGCCUCGAAAGUCUGUAAGUUAGACAAAUCAUUAUAUGGUUUGAAACAGGCUCCAAAACAGUGGCAUGAGAAGUUUGACACUCUCGUUCUCUCACAUGGCUUUAAGGUGAAUGAAAGUGACAAGUGUAUUUACUGCAAGUCAGAAAAUAACACUUGUACUAUCAUAUGUUUGUAUGUAGAUGACAUGUUGAUAUUUGGUACAAAUAUUCACGUGGUCAAUGAAGCAAAAGCCAUGUUAAAAGAGAGCUUUGAAGUGAAAGAUCUGGGAGAAGCAAAGUUUAUGCUUGGAAUCCAGAUAACUAGAACAGCAAAUGGUUAUUCUCUAGAUCAAUCUAGCUACAUAGAGAAGAUCUUGAAGAAAUAUAACUAUUUCGACUGUAAACCUGCGUGUACUCCGUAUGAUGCUAGUGUAAAGCUAUUUAAGAACACUGGAGACAGUGUAAGACAAUCAGAAUAUGCUAGCAUCAUUGGCAGUCUCCGUUAUGCUGCGGAUUACACUCGACCAGACAUUGCAUAUGUCGUGGGAUUGCUUGGCAGGUUUAACAGCUGUCCUAGUAGAGAGCAUUGGAAUGCUAUAGAGAGGGUCAUGAGAUACCUCAAGAGAACAGCAAACCUUGGUAUACAUUAUCAAAGGUUUCCUGCUGUACUAGAAGGGUAUAGUGAUGCGGAUUGGAAUACCCUAUCAGAUGACUCCAAGGCAACCAGCGGGUAUGUUUUUAACAUCGCUGGUGGAGCUGUGUCUUGGAAGUCAAAGAAACAAACAAUCAUAGCUCAAUCAACUAUGGAAUCAGAGAUGAUAGCACUAGCAACGGCUAGUGAAGAAGCAAGUUGGUUGAGAGGAUUGUUGUCAGAGAUUCCCCUAUGGGAAAGACCGGUCCCUCCGGUAUUGAUCCAUUGUGAUAGUACCGCAGCUAUCGCUAAAGUUGAGAACCGGUUCUAUAACGGAAAGAAACGACAGAUUCGUCGUAAGCACAGUACUGUAAGAGAACUCCUAACGAUAGGAGCAGUGAGGGUGGAUCAUAUAAGAUCCGAACAGAAUCUAGCUGAUCCUUUGACGAAAGGAUUACCUAGAGAGAAAGUCCAGAAUACCGCCAAGGGUAUGGGACUUAUGCCUACCGAACCACGGACUACAAGUGAUGGUAACCCGACCCAAUAGACUGGAGAUCCCAAGAAAUGGGUUCAAUGGGUAAUAACAAGUCAUGAGUAGUAUGCGAAAAGUUCAUGCAUAGUGAAGCAUGAAUCCCAAAGCAAUGGAGGUUGAGUUAAUAACUCUUAAUGAGGUCUAUACCCUAUGUGGGGUGGAGUACUUUACUUUGGGGGUACUCUUGAUAGACUCACCUAUGUGAAUGUGGGAGUGGGGCUGCUCCCUAUGGAACUUUGGAGGCACAAAGUUGCUAGAGCGUUCACUAAACCAGGGUAACGUGCAUGGCCAUAAACGCACGGGCUAUGAAGAGAAUACAACUCAAUGAAAAGAUCCGGUGUGCUACACUGUCUGAGAAAGGGUUCAAGACUACGAGUCACCCUUAUGAAAUCGGAAGUGUAACUACUACGCUAAGGUUCAAAUCUUCGCGAUACCUUAGCUUAUGCCCGAUCUUAUGGAACUGUUGAUGCUCAGAGAUAGUUUCAAAACUAUUCAAGUGGGGGAUUGUUGGAAAUGUAUAUGAAUGUAUAUGAAUAGCUUUGAAAGCUAUAGAGUCUCUAGUGGAAAAACUACCACAUUGGUAGUUUUACUUGGUGAAAUGUGUAUAAAGAUAGGAGCCUCUCUCCCAAGGGCAUGCCCCUUGGGGUGACCCACUUUUGUGGGAGAGGGAGGACCUAAUGGACCACCACACACGCGCGCCGUCCGUCCGUCCGACCGGCCGGUUGGUUGGUUCACUUGAGACUAUAUAUAUUUUUUUGGAGAAAUUCCGAACGAAAAUAAUUAUUAAUCUGUUAUUCUGAGGUAUAUUCCUAAGGAUAAUCGAUUAAAACGGAAUAUUCGAA